AUUGCCCGUUUGACACAAGUACCACAGACUAAGUCUACUCUGUUAUCUGUGGACUAAGUAAUCUGUGCAAGUACUGUUCGGUUGUGUUCUUUGAUUCGUUUAAAAAAAUCCUUAGUAUCUGAAUCUGAGAUAUAUUUGCCUAAGUUAUAUUUAUUCUAAAUGAAUGAAAUGGAAGACUCUGAUGGUUUUGAAAGUGAUUGUUCUGUAUCAACAACUUAUUCAGAAUAUGCUAAAAAUCCACCAAAUAAAAAUUAUAAGUGUACAUUUGAGCAAUGUGACAAAUCUUUCUAUCGUCCUAGUAAAUUAGAAAAUCAUAUGAGGAUUCAUACUGGGGAGAAACCAUUCAAAUGUGAAAUUCCCAAUUGUGAUAAAUCUUAUCAUAGAAAGGAUCUCCUGAAAAAACACCAUGAAGAAGUUCAUAACAAAAAAAUUAAAUAUAUAGUUUGUCCAGAGGAGGGUUGUGGACAGAAAAUGAGACAGAAUAGCUAUCGAAAGCAUAUACUACGAAAGCAUAAUUCUUUUCGCAAAUGGAAGUUCCAAUGUGAUGAAUGUGAUAAAGGAUUUAGAAAUGAAAAUGAAUUGAGAAAUCACAUGAAUGAACAUUUUCCAAUAUUUCAAUGCGAAACUUGUGGUAAAGAAUUCAAAAAAGGAUCAUUAUUUAGAAGACAUGUAAUAUCCCAUAAAGAAUACAAAUGUCUAUGUGAGCAGACAUUUUAUGAUCAUAAUAUUUUCAGAACUCAUAAAAAAAAUUGUGAAUUCACAAAACCUUCUUGUGAAAUAUGCGGAAAAAAAUUUGUUAAUCCGUUCAAUUUGAAGGAACACAUAAGAAUAGUACAUGUAUCACCCCAAAAAAGAAUCAAGUGCACAGUUGAAGGGUGUACCAAACAGUACAACAGAAAAAGCAGUUUAAACCAUCAUAUUGAAAAAAGUCAUAAGGUGAAAGAUGAACAAGAACCAAAAUUAAUGUGUAGCAUUUGUUCUCAACUUCUCAAAAAUAAAGUUUACCUGUGGAGACAUAUGAGGAAUGUCCAUAUAAAUGAAAAUAAAAAAAUUAAGAAACCAAGAAAAACUAGAUGUGAUAAAAAUGUACCAAAAGUUCCAAUUCUAACCUUACUAACAGGUAUCAAGCAUGAGGAAUCACUAAAAACAGAAAAUUGAAUGAAAAGAUUGAUGGCAGCUGUAAAAAUGUAGUUCUAGUAGAAAAACAAAAUACUGGCUGUAAGAAUGGAGUGGGAGAACUACUAAUGGAUAUUGAAAGUGUAAAUAAGGGACUAGUUACUGAGCAUGACAAAAAAGAGGAAGAAAAAGUUAUCAAUAUCGAAAUUAUUGAUGAAGAACCAGAUACUGAUCAUGAUAAUAAAGCGAAAGAAAAAGAUACUGAGGUUAAAAAUACAGCUGAAGUAAUAGAUACUGAGCAUAAAAAUAUGGUGAAAGUUCUAAAAACUAAUAUUGUGAGCCAGGAACCAAAUGUUUUUUUUAUGGAAGUGAAGUUAUAAGCUGAUUGAAAUUAGUGGUAUAUGACAAUGCAAUAGCUUUAAAUUUCUAUGAAAUGUAAUUGAAAACAUCUAUCUCCAAAAGUUAAAAUUUCUCUAAAAAAAAACAAUAAAAUUUUCCUUGAACCCAUUUGCUCAGUUUCUUUUUUCUGGAAUCUAAUGCACUCUAAUGUAUUUUACGUAAAAUCAAAAUCAAAUUGUUGACGAAGGAAAAUAUAUUUUUUGGAGAUGAGUUGUUUUCAACUUGCCUAUUUAAGGGUAUAACUAAUUUAUCAAAAAUAUCAAAACCGCAAUUGUAAAUAUGAUGAAAUAUAUGGACGUUUUUAAA